AUGGCCUUUCCCUCCCAACUCGGAUUCCAAGAUGCUGCCUCUCCUGUGAUAGAAGAACUUCUUCACUUUCAUGACCACGCUAUAAUAAUUGUCUUUAUAAUCAGCACACUAGUCCUUUAUUUUAUCGUCGCCCUAGUUACUUCUAGCUUAACUAAUAAAUAUAUCCUAGAUUCCCAAGAAAUCGAAAUUAUUUGGACCGUCCUCCCAGCAAUUAUCCUUAUUUUAAUUGCCCUCCCUUCUCUCCGCAUUCUUUACCUUAUGGAUGAGAUUAAUGAUCCUCACCUAACCAUUAAAGCCAUGGGCCAUCAAUGAUAUUGAAGCUACGAAUACACUGACUACGACGCUCUUGAGUUCGACUCUUACAUAAUCCCGACACAAGACCUGACCCCCGGACAAUUCCGUCUCCUAGAAGCAGACCACCGAAUAAUUGCCCCCGUUGAGUCCCCCGUCCGAGUUCUUGUCUCCGGUGAGGACGUCUUACACUCCUGGGCCGUCCCCUCCUUAGGCGUAAAAAUAGACGCAGUGCCCGGACGACUAAACCAGACAGCCUUCAUUGCAUCUCGCCCUGGCGUAUUCUACGGACAGUGUUCAGAGAUCUGUGGCGCAAACCACAGCUUCAUGCCUGUAGUAGUUGAAGCAGUUCCUCUACAAGACUUUGAAGCCUGAUCCACCCUUAUAAUCCAAGAUGCCU